AUGACGGAACGACAAUUACACAACCGAGACCAAGGACACCAUGAGGGACAACUCGCUCUUGAAGCGGAGACCGGUCGCGAACAGGUACCGACACAGAAGCAGACAGAGACACAGACACCCAUAUCGAGAUCGAUAUCCUCAUCCGCACCCAGCGUCUCCAUCCAAAGCCGCGUCCUGAACGAACAUCAGAUCGCCCUGCUGGGGCGAAAGCUGGAACUCCACCUCCCGUACUCAAUCCCAUUACUACGACGGAUACAGUUCCAUCUACAGCAGGAGCGUGCGUCGACGACGGCCCGCAUCUUCGUCGCUGCUGUGCGUGGCGAUGAUAGCACCAUCACGAGAUCCAACCCCGAACCCGAGUCCGAGCCGGAACCCGAGCUCGAUCGUCCAUGGGACCUCGACGCUUGGUUGCUCGAAACCCAAUCGUCCGAUGACACCCCCUGGAUCGCCGCACACGUCGAUCUCGUCAACGCCGGUCAAACGCAGGUAUGGGUGUUUGGGAGCUGGGAGGAGCAGGCUGAGCUCUCCCGACCGCCUACGGAGUCACAUCCAAUGCACAACCGACGCCUCCUCCGCCACCAACUUCUCCUCCUCCGCGCUCUAUUCACGUACAUCUCGCGCGACCUGAUCCCGUUGCUCCCGACGACCCCGCCGGAGGAAUGGCUUUGCUUGGCCCGCACGGGCAAGUACCUCAGCCGGCCGUACUCGCGGGAUAAAGUCCUGUUCGGAAGCGUGAGCGACAAGCUGUGGCAUCUCUUCCCGGAGAGUGCCCGCACGAGGACCGACGCCGGGUAUUGGAAGUAUUUGUUCUGCAGGGACUUCACUUCAGAGGCACCACCGCUACCGCCAGGAUACCGCUUUGGAGGCAUGCAGGACGACGACCUCCAAACCGUGCUGGAUAGGACGCCCAUCCCGCGCACGCUGGGCACGUUGCGUCAACUCGUUUCCGUGGGUGUUUUUCACGAGGGAAACACCGUCCGUGUCCCUGUCCCUAUCCCUGUCCCUGUCCCUGUCCCUGCCCCUGGCGCUGUGGGGUGGGGGUUCUUGGGCAAGGACGCCAGUCUGUCGUCGUUGCAUACCGAGGUCGAGCAUCGCGGUAGGGGGCUCGCCGUCGCGUUGGGGGCGGAGUUGUUGAGACGCCAUCAACGGCAGGAGCAGCAGCAGCAGCAGCAGCAGCAGCCGCCGCCGCCGCCGCCGCCUGUGGUCGUUCAUUCACAAUGCGGACGAGGAGACAACGGGAGCCAGGAAGAGCGACGGGACGAGGACGAGAAUGCUCGAGAAGCAAUGACAACGUCGACGUCGACGUCAACAUCGUGGUGGGGACACGCCGAUGUUAGCCAGCACAACGCCGCAAGUCGGCGGGUCAUGGAGAAACUGGGCGGCCGGCCGGCUUGGAUGGUCAUGUGGACGGAGGUGGAUAUGUGUGUGUUGUUGGCCUUGGAGGGGUGGUUGUGA